AUGGAUCAUGAACAAGGAGUUGUAUUGCUACUGCUGCUACAACUUCUGUGGCUGCUGCCCCACUCCUGGGCCACCCAUGAAGAUCCUACUCCAGUGUGGCGGGAUGGCCUACAAAACCACACGUUCCUGCACUCAGUAUACUGCCAGAAUGGGAAUCCAAACAUGGGACUCUCUGAGGCCUACGAUGAGGACCAGCUUUUCUCCUAUGACUUUAACCAGAGCAUCCGCGUGCCUCGUCUGCCUGAAUUUGCUGAAUGGGCUAAGGAUCAAGGAGAUGCAACCACCAUUUCUUUUGACAGCUGGUUAUGCAAUUUCUUAACACAGCGAUUAGGCCCAGAACUUGAGGGAAAAAUCCCAGUGUCCAGAGGGUUUCCUGUCGCUGAGAUAUUCACGCUGAAGCCCCUGGAGUUUGGCAAGCCCAACACGCUGGUCUGUUUUGUCAGUAAUCUCUUCCCGCCCAAAUUGACAGUGAGCUGGCAGCACCAAUCUGUCUCUGUGGAAGGAGCCGGGCCCACUUUUGUCUCAGCCAAUGAUGGACUCACUUUCCAGGCCUUUUCGUAUUUAAACUUCACACCUGAAUCCUCUGACCUUUACUCCUGCAUUGUGACUCAUGAGAUUGACGGUUAUACUGCAAUUGCCUUUUGGGUGCCCCAUAAUGCUCUUCCCUCAGAUCUUCUGGAGAAUAUAUUGUGUGGUGUGGCCUUUGGCCUGGGUGUGCUGGGCAUCAUUGUGGGCACCGUCUUCAUCAUCUACUCCCAAAAGUCUUGUUCAGGUGACUGA